AUGAACGCCUCGCUGGACAGCAACCGCAGCAGCAGGCCGUUUUGCCUCCUGGCCGCUGGCUACCCGGAGACCCUGGACUUCUGCCUCCUGGAGGUGAUCAUCAUCGUCUUCCUCACCGUCCUCAUCAUUUCGGGCAACAUCGUUGUCAUCUUCGUCUUCCACUGCGCUCCAUUGCUCAACCACCACACUACCAGCUACUUCAUCCAGACCAUGGCCUACGCUGACCUCUUGGUGGGUGUGAGCUGCCUGGUGCCUUCUUUGUCUCUGCUGCACUACCGCAUUGCCUUCCUGGACGAGUCCCUGGUUUGCAAGGUCUUUGGCUAUGUGGUUUCGGUGCUCAAGAGCGUCUCCAUGACCUCUCUAGCUUGCAUCAGCGUUGACAGGUAUAUCGCCAUCACAAAGCCGCUGACUUACAACACGCUAGUCACCCCCUGGAGGCUCCGGGUGUGUAUCCUGCUCAUCUGGUUGUACUCGGGUGCUGUGUUUCUGCCUGCCUUUUUCCAGUGGGGGAAGCCUGGCUACCACGGGGAUGUCUUUGAGUGGUGUGCCAACUUCUGGAAGACUGAUGCUUAUUUCACUCUUUUUAUUGUCGUCAUGCUCUAUGCACCAGCUGCCUUCGUGGUCUGUUUCACAUACUUCAGCAUCUUCCGCAUCUGCCAGCAGCACACCAAGGAGAUCAACGAGAGGAGGGUCCGGUUCAGCUCUCAGGAUGGGGAGACAGCUGAGGCCCAGCCUUGUCCAGACAAGCGCUACGCCAUGGUUCUCCUACGCAUCACCAGUGUCUUUUACAUUCUCUGGCUUCCCUACAUCAUUUAUUUCCUCUUGGAAAGCUCAGAAGUGUACCGCAACCGCGUGGCCUCCUUCUUGACCACCUGGCUUGCCAUCAGCAACAGCUUUUGCAACUGUGUCAUCUACAGUCUGUCCAACAGUGUCUUUCAGAAAGGGUUAAAGCGCCUGUCUGGCGUAGUUUGCGCUUCUUGCACCAGGCACCGGGCCUCAAAGGAUUCUUCUGCAUCAAGGAGCAAAAGACCUUCCAAUGGUUGUCAGGUCUAA